AGCGGCGGUGCGCAGGCCGGGAGCCGGGCAGCGGUGCGUCAGCGGGCGCGAGCUCCGAGUCUCUGCGUCCUUCCCGGGCUUUGUCACCGCGCCCGUGGGGAGUGGGACCGAGAGAGAGCCUGACAGUGCGAAAAACAGCCCGCAGGUCCACCAGCGGGCCCAGGGCGCCACCGGGGCCAUGUCUUACCAGGGCAAGAAGAGCAUCCCGCACAUCACGAGUGACCGGCUCCUCAUCAAAGGUGGACGGAUCAUCAACGAUGACCAGUCCUUCUAUGCCGACGUCUACCUGGAAGACGGGCUUAUAAAACAAAUAGGAGAGAACUUAAUCGUUCCUGGUGGAGUGAAGACCAUUGAGGCCAACGGGCGGAUGGUGAUUCCCGGGGGCAUCGACGUCAACACGUACCUGCAGAAGCCGUCCCAGGGGAUGACCGCCGCCGAUGACUUCUUCCAAGGGACCAGGGCAGCACUGGCGGGCGGGACCACGAUGAUCAGUGAGUUGCACCCCGCCUCAUAGGCUGUGACUUCUCUCCAUCACCAGCAUCAGCAGCAACACAGUGUUCAGUGUGUAGCAGGCACUUAGCUCAGGGUACCGUUUAACGUGAUUGUCACUAAACCCUGCCUUAUACCUAAUAUAUAUCCGCAUAUUACGUGCCACUGGUGGUGCACAAAGUGAUUUUAGAGGCAAUAUAGGCAUUGAAAAUGUUAAAGUAUUUUAGUGCAUAUGGAAAUUAAAUAAAUGGCACCUCAUGGAUAUUACUGCUUAGGUUGAGACUGAAGUCAGAAUUUAGACUUUUAGAAACUGUGAAUUGAUUUAAGAAAAGCAUUAAGUAAACAGUGAUAUGGAUUAUAGGGAGAUAAAGCAAAAUAUUCCUAAACAUGGUUUGCUGAUGGCUAAAGUUUUAGAACCAGUGACAUAUGUAUUAUUAUGUCACGUGUAGGAGUAGAAGCUCAGAGAGGUGAAGUAACCUUCUCAAGAUUACACAGCUGGGAAGUGGUUGUAUUAGUCAGUAUUGCUGCCACAAUGCUACAUAACAAAUAGUUCCCUCCAACAGGCACAGUGUGGAGUAGUGGGAAAGAGUUCAGACUCUGAGCUCACAGGACUCUGUGGGAAUGUAACCCCCGCCUUCGUUUACUAGUUGUGUGACCUCAGACAAGUUCCUUAGCCUCUUUGAGCCUCAUUUUCUUCAUCUGAAAAAUGUUACAGGAUGGUUGUGAGGAUUUAAUUAGAUAAUUUAUGUAAAGCCUCUGUGGCAGUAUCUGACACAUAAAUAAGCAUUCAAUAAAUAGUUGUGAUGCUGAUGCUGAGGAUGACAACAGUAACCAUGGUGAUGACAAUGGUGGUAAUGAAGACUCACUGAAGUAUCACUGCUGAUGAUAAUAAUAUGAUGGUGACAUUGAUGGCAAUAUUGACAGUGGUGAUGGUGGGAGUGUUGAUGAAAAGAAUUGUGAAGAUGAGGAUAUUGAUCUUAAUGAUGGAAGUAGUGGUGAUGAUGGUAGUGAUGGUGAUGAUGGUGAUAAUGAUGAUGAUGAUGGUGAUGGUGGUGGUGAUGAUGGUGGUG